AUGAUCCGCCCACCUACACUCCGAGCUCUCCGCCCACGCGUGACUAUGACACGCUCACUCGCCACCCUUGGUAUCCGCCGCGAAGACCCCCGCCGCGUCUGGGAGCGCCGCUCGCCUCUGACCCCCGAGGCAGUCGCUCAGCUUACCGACAAGGCCUCCGUCGAGGUCGAGUCGUGUUCUCGCCGCUGCUUCCCUGACUCUGCCUAUGCUGCUGCUGGCGCCAAGAUUGUCCCCAAACUGUCCAAGGACGUCAACCUCGUGUUGGGGAUCAAGGAGCCACGUGUCGAGGACGUACACGCCCUAAUUGACAGCGACCGCUCCGUCAAGCGUACCUGGAUGAUGUUCUCGCACACCCACAAGGGCCAGCCGUACAACACGCAGCUGCUCAGCGCCUUCCUUCCCCCCAGCAAGGGACAGACGCUCAUCGACCACGAACUGCUUACCAGUCCAGGCAAGGACGGCAAGCUGCGCCGCGUGGCCGCAUUCGGAUGGUUCGCAGGCGCGGUAGGUGCUGGCGAGGCACUCUCCCUCACUGGCCAGGCGCUACUGCGCCGCGGCAUGUCUCACCCCCUCCUCCACCUCGCCCGUCCUUUCACCUACACUUCGCUUGAUGAGUUCAAGGCCGCCCUGAAGCGGGCCGGUGACGCGACUGAGCUCGCGGCUCUCCGCAAGGCCAGCGACCCUUCACUCACACCGGACACGGAGGGGCCGGUCGUCAUUGGUCUCACUGGCGCAGGCAAUGUGUCCACCGGUUCCCGCGACAUGCUCGACGAAGCAGGUGUGCAGUGGGUCGACUGGACUCAGCUACCCAACCUCAAGCCUGGUCCAAAGAUCUACGCGUGCGCGCUCCCGCCGUACUCGUACCUCCAGCGUAAGACGGUCGGCGGCUACGACCGCAUCGAGUACUACGCCCACCCGGACAUGUACGAGAGCACCUUCACCGAGCGCAUUGCACCGUAUAUUACGACGCUGAUCCACGGCGCCGGGUGGCAGGAGGGUUUCCCGAGGAUCAUGACCAACGCGGACAUGGACCGCUACCUCGCGGAGAGCAAGGGCAAACAGAAGAUGAUCGCGCUGCAGGACGUGACGUGCGACGUCGAGGGCGCCCUCGAGUUCAUGAACCACUACACCACCAUUGACGAGCCCGUGUUUGAGGGGCCAGGUGGCAUCCUCAUCGGCUCGACGGACGUGCUUCCGACUGAGCUGCCCGCCGACUCGUCGACCUACUUUUCUGGCAGGCUGAUGCCAUACGUCGAGCGCGCUGUCGAGCAAGCAAAUGGCAAGCCGAUCGUGAACGACGACAUCGACCAGACGCUCGAGAGAGCUCGCAUCGUCUCAAACUCGGAGCUCGGGGAGAAGCACGAGUGGCUGCAGGAGAACGUUGACAAGUGGCGUGCGACGCAGUCCGUCGGCCUCCUUCCGCAGAAGAAGAAGGUACUUCUCCUCGGCUCGGGCCUUGUCGCUGGCCCCGCCGUAGAGGUGUUCCUCAAGCGUCCCGACGUUCAGCUCGUGAUUGCGAGCAACAACCUCGCAGAGGCCGAGGCCCUCGCGCGCAACCGCCGCAACGUGUCGACGCGCUCGCUUGACGUGUCGGACAACGCUGCUCUCGGCGAGGCUGUCGCUGGUGCUGAUGUCAUCGUCAGCCUGCUCCCCGCACCGAUGCACGUCCAGGUGGCACGUCACUGUAUCGCUAACGGGCGGCACCUCGUCACUGCAUCGUACGUCAGCCCAGAGAUGAAGGAGCUCGACGCGGAAGCCAAGGCCAAGGAUGUCCUCCUUCUCGGCGAGUGUGGCCUUGACCCUGGAAUCGACAGCAUGGCGGCUAUGCGCAUCAUGGAGCGCGUGCACAAGGAGGGCAAGAAGGUGGUGUCCUUCGUUUCGUGGUGCGGUGGACUUCCCGAGGCCUCUGCCUCCAACGUGCCUCUUGCCUACAAGUUCUCCUGGUCGCCCAAGGCGGUUCUCACCGCGUCUCUCAACGAUGCCGAGUUCAAGCUCAACGGCGAGAUGCACAAGGUCAGGGGACAGGACCUUUUGCGCGAGCACUUCCCCGACGUCAAGCUGUGGCGCGGACUGGCGCUUGAAGGGGUGGCGAACCGCGACUCGCUCCCGUAUGCUGAGAAGUACGGGCUGGGAUCGGUGAGAGAUCUGCGCGACCUCUUCCGCGGCACGCUCCGGUACCAGGGCUUCUCGCAUCUCAUGGACCGGUUCCGUGCUCUGGGAUUGCUGGGAACGGAGAAGAUCGAGGUGGCAGGGAGCUGGCCCGGUUUCCUGGCGGCUUCGAUGACUCUGGCGCUCGGGCGUGAGGUCAAGGAGGAGGACUUGCUGGCAGUGGUGGAGGAGACCACAAGUGCGGACGAGGAGCUCCUCGAGGCACUCCAGUACUUCUCCCUCCUCCCUUCUAAAGCUGCCACUGGCGCUCCCGCCCCACCCGCUCUCCCCAAGAUGCCUCAAGCUCCCAUCGACACUUUCGCCGCCCUGCUGUCCAAGAAGCUCGCGUACGCGAACGACGAGCACGACGCUGUGCUCCUCCACCACGCGUUCAAGGUGGUGCCAGCAGGGUCGUCGGACUGGGUGGGUGAGCAGACCGUCACCGCCUCGCUGCUGUGCACGGGUGAUGAGCGUGCGAGCGCAAUGUCCACGACUGUCGGGUGCACACUUGCCUUUGCUGCCCUGCGCGUGGCCGACGGGCUUGUGCAAGUCCGCGGCGUCACGGGCCCGUACACCAAGGAUGUGUGGGCUGGUGUACUGGAUGAGUUGGAGCACAUUGGCGUCAAGGUCAAGGAGAGGUGGGUUUAG